AUGUCUCAAAUCCAUGCAAAAUCGCCCCAACACUGUGCCAAAAAGAAACUUGUAAACAUUAGUAGCAAUCUUCACAAGAAGCUAUUCUUCACCUUCACCUCCUUCUUCUCCACAAUCCUCCUACUCAUACUCAUAGUCUGGUUCAUACUCCGUCCCACUAAGCCAGACUUCUCCCUUAAAGAAGCUGAUAUUUACCAACUUGCUGUCUCGGGAACUCACCUCCUUAACGCCUCCAUCCAACUCACCCUUGUCUCCACAAACCCAAACCAGAAAGUAGGCAUUUAUUAUGAUGAGAUUCAAGUUUACGCUUCCUACAAGGGACAACAGAUAACGCUUGAUACAUCGCUUCAACCUUUUUAUCAAGACCAUAGGGAUGUCAAUCUUAUAUCUGCUAUUUUGGUUGCCAACGGGUUACCUGUGGCUCCCUCUUUCAAUUAUGAAUUGGAUCGUGAUGAGACUGCCGGAAGAUUGGUCUUGAACCUCAAGGUAAAUGGAUUGCUCCGGUGGAAGGUGGGAACUUGGAUCUCUGGAAAGUAUAGGUUUAAUGUCAAUUGUGUAGCAAUUUUGGUUUUCCGUCCAUCUGCACCUUCAGGUCCGUUGACUGCUAAACCACGGGCACAAUGUUCAACGACAAUUUGA